GCCUGCCGCCCGGCGCGGAGCUGCUUGGAGGGUGACAGCUGAGUGAUUAAAGGGCCCGGGUCAGCUGACUGGCUCCAGCCCAUGCCUAGUUUGGCGGCCAGGGUCGCGGCCGCCCCGGGAAGAGAUGACCGGCGAGCGCCUGGGCUCGGCGCUCCUGGCCAGAGCCUGGGCCCGGCGGACGCCCAGUUUGCGUAGAGGCCGUGGGAGAGUUCAGGCGUGGGCCGCGCUCGUCCAGCUGCUGUUGACCCUGACCGGCCUCGAAGCUGGCGCUAAUGACUUCAGUCUGGUGCAACCACUGGUGACCAUGGAGCAGCUGCUGUGGGUCAGCGGGAGGCAGAUCGGCCAGGUGGACACCUUCCGCAUCCCACUCAUCACAGUCACCCCUCGGGGCACUCUCCUCGCCUUCGCAGAGGCCAGGAAAAUGUCUGCCUCUGAUGAAGGGGCCAAGUUCAUCGCACUGCGAAGGUCCACCAACCAGGGCAGCACGUGGUCCCCCACCGCGUUUAUUGUGGAUGAUGGGGAAACCCCUGAUGGGCUGAACCUGGGUGCAGUGGUGAGUGACACCGAGACGGGAGUGGUAUUCCUCAUCUACAGCCUCUGUGCACACAAGGCCGGCUGCUCAGUGGCCUCCACCAUGCUGAUCUGGAGCAAGGAUGAUGGUAUUUCCUGGAGCCCGCCCCGGAACCUCUCAGUGGACAUCGGCACGGAAAUGUUUGCCCCUGGCCCAGGCUCUGGCAUCCAGAAGCGGCAUGAGCCACACAAAGGCCGGCUUAUCGUGUGUGGCCACGGCACGCUGGAACGAGAUGGCGUCUCCUGUCUUCUCAGCGAUGACCAUGGUGCCUCCUGGCGCUAUGGCGGAAUGAUCAGUGGCAUCCCCUAUGGCCAGCCCAAGCGACAGAAUGAUUUCAACCCAGAUGAAUGCCAGCCCUACGAGCUCCCAGAUGGCUCCGUGGUCAUCAACGCCCGGAACCAGAACAACUACCACUGCCGUUGCCGGAUUGUCCUGCACAGCUACGAUGCCUGUGAUACACUAAGGCCCCGCGAUGUGACCUUCGACCCCGAGCUUGUGGACCCAGUGGUAGCCGCAGGGGCUGUGGCCACCAACUCUGGCAUCGUCUUCUUCUCCAAUCCGGCCCACCCCGAGUUCCGAGUGAACCUGACCCUCCGCUGGAGCUUCAGCAACGGCACCUCCUGGCAGAAAGAGACGGUGCAGCUGUGGCCAGGGCCCAGCGGUUACUCGUCCCUGACGGCUCUGGAGGGCAAUGCCUAUGGGCAGCAGGCCUCCCAGCUCUACGUGCUGUACGAGAAAGGCCAGAGCCACUACACUGAGAGCAUCUCCCUGGUCAAAGUCAGCAUCUACGGCGAGCUCUGAGGUGUGCCCCUGCCGCAGGGGAGAAGUGUGGACCUCGAGUCUCAGAGGGUCAGUGGAGGUGGCUCAGUGACAGGCUGCCUACCUUUGGAUGAGUCAGCUUCUUUUUGGGAGAGCAGCCCCUCUGUCAGGAGCAAAACUGCUUCCUGCUCCACCUGGGAAGUUGAGCUCACAUCCGAGGCUUUGGCCUCUCUGCCCUUCCAGGCCAGUAAUUUCUUCCUUUCCCAGGCUCAGCAGGGCGGGCCUGUGGAAUCAAAUAAAUGUGAACUCAGGGAACUGAGGAAGCCUGAGCUUCCUCUUUUUGGGGUUGGGAGAAGAAUCUGGCCAUGAGGAGGCUGGGAGGAGGUCCUUGAGGACGGCGGGGAGGUGGGGCCAGGAUGUUUGAUUUCAGAGAGUGAAACUGGGUGUAUCCUCCUCCCUGUGACUAUUUAUGAACCAGUGUUUCUAAUUUUUAAUGAAGGAGAAUGAACAU